UCUAUAUAUUUUUUUUUUAUGAGUUGUUUUUUGUCGAUGAUCAGAGUUUAUGCCAAAUGCCAUAAUCUGUGGUUUACGCAUUUUUGGGCUUGCUUGGCGGCUGUGUUUCUAGGUUAUAAUUUUGUAAUCAACGAAAAAAGAAAAACUUAUUAAAAUGGCGGCGGCUAUGCCAAUAAACCCUAAACCCUUCCUCAACAGUCUGACCGGUAAAUCUGUGCUGGUAAAACUAAAGUGGGGCCAUGAAUACAAAGGUUUGCUAGUGUCUGCUGAUGGAUACAUGAACUUGCAACUAGCUAAUACUGAAGAAAUCGUCGAUGGAUCAUGUACAGGAAACCUUGGCGAAGUCCUCAUUAGGUGUAACAAUGUCCUGUAUGUAAGAGGAGCUGAGGAGGAAGACGAGGAGGGAGAAAUGAAAGAAUAACAUUAAUUAUUUUACUAUAAAUAUAAGGGUUAGGUUUAAGUUUUCCAUACCUUAAGUCUUGUGUUGAAUAUUCCCAGAUAUAAUGUCAAUGUAGUGGUUCAACUUGAAUGGUAAGGCGAUAAGAGCGUUCAGAAAGAAUUAGAACUAUUCUUUCUUUUGUCAAAGAUUUGUAUAAGGGCUAUUUGUACAGUACCUAUGUACAAAAUAUCUUGGCGAAUCUUUAGUAAGCUGCUAGACAGCCCAGUAGAACUUUUGUGAACAAAUUUGAUGAGUGCUCAGCUAUUUAAUGAGGUUCAGAGAAAUCUAAACACAUUGGACAUACUGUAAUAAGUUAUUACAGGUUGGCAAGCAACAUUGUUUGUUUCAAUGGGAAUUAUAAGUACUUCAACAAAUAACUAUGUGUGAUAUUUAAAAUUUGUAAUAACACUUAUUACAUUUCCAAAUGUCUAUGAUAAACCUGAAUAAAAGGUUAUUCAGAUACCUACAAA